GGAGUAGCGCAACGUGCAGCAAGCACGCCAAUGGAAGCCACCAUUCCUUCCACCUACACUAGUGUAUUCCCGUCAUGCCGGGUUCGCUUUCGCGCACUCAGAGCAAGGCGUUCUGCGCCUGUGCAGUUGCUCCUCCAGCAUUCUUCUGUCCCACAUCACCCUCCCACACCAGCCCCAGCUCCUCCUCCUCCCGUCAUUCCCUGGCACGCUUCCAAAGCCUUCACUCCUUUGGCCUGGAAUGCUCACUAUCCCUCGGCAGCAAGAGUUUACGCUCUGCGUUCGUUCUUUUCCUUGACCCUAGUUUGCCAUGAAAUCCUGGUAAUCCACCACACCGGCAUCCAAACACGACGAUAAUAUGCGCCUUCCGCCGCCCGGGCCGCCCAGGGACAAGGCCCGGGAGAAGCGGCUCCUGGAUGGGCUCGUCCACGUCCUCACCGACCCGGUGUGCAAGACCUUCCCCAACUCACUAGGAUGUACUGCGGCAGAGCCUGACCCGGAUCCGAGUCCUGAUCCGGCGCCGGCCCCGACGCCCACCCCGACCCAACCGGCUGUGACUUCAGCACCGGUGACUAAACCACCGGCCCAAAGCUCUCCAGUCCAGGCUCCGCAGCCCACGACUAACCCUCAGAAAUCGGAGGAUCCCGUCGGACAGCAGCCUCCGCGGCCAACAGAGACAGCUUCCACUGGCUCUGGGAAGUCGGACGGCCCUGGGAAGUCAGAUGGAUCUGGUGGGAAGUCAGAUCCUCCAGCAGGAUCGGACUCGCAAGGGUCGGGGUCGAACGGCGACUCAUCGGGCUCUGGCUCAUCUGACCGGGGCUCGUCCAAAACCGAGCCCGGAACAACAGACGGGAACUCUGGCUCCUCCAGCUCAGACGGCACAAGCGGGACCGGCCCGAACGCGGGCCAUGGAAGUGGUUCGACUACGGGAGGGGACGGCGGAAGUAAUAAUACAGGCGGUGACAAGAGCGCGGGAGGCAACGGCAGCGGCAGCGAAAUUGGAGGCGGACAUGACGGGUCUCAAGAUUCGGGCAACACACCACCAACGACCCACAAACAGGGUGAUGGCGAGCCGCACUCGGGCUCGGGUCCCGCGACCGGCGGCGUGGACGUGGAUGAUGACGGCGUUCCUGUUUUCCCGCAGAAGGGAACGUACAAUGACACGCCGACCACUCCUGGCGGAGCGACGACACCUGGGGAAACAGCAACGCCAGGCUCGUUGACGGGUGACGGCAUUUCCCACACUGACUGGGGUAACUUGGCAGCGGGAAAUGAUGCGACUCACGGAAGUGGCACAAAUAGCGGCGGCGCUGGGAGCGGAGGUGAUGGGAUCGACGGCAGCAACGGCAACGGAAAUGGCAGCAGCUCAGACGGAGCCUCGCACCCUAGCUCGCUACCUGGAAUCAUUGGUGGUGUUGUCGCAAUCCUCGUUCUUCUAUUUGUUCUCCUUGCUUUAGUCCUCUACAAGUACCGGCACAAGCGUCGCGUCCAGGCCUUCCUGGCCAAGUACACUCCCUUCAGGACGUCCGGGUACACCGAUAUUGAGAAGAAGCGGUCCUCUAUCGGUGCUGGCCUCCUCUUUACCGACGGCUCCCACGGUGAUGUCUUGAUGCAACAAAACCCGAGCACCUUCGGCUACGGAACCAUGGUGUCCUCGGCCGUUGAACAACCCCAUCCGGCUGCGACGCCUCGGGAACGCCCCGACGGUCCGGCCCAGAUCCUUACGACCACUCUGCCUGCCAGGCGCCCCGGCAGCCCCGGCAGCCCCCUUAGCCCGUUCGAGGUCUCCCCCUUGUCGCCCGGGUUUCCACAGAGCCCGCCGCCCGCAGUAGCUCGCCGCUCUAGUCAAGAGUCCGUCAGCGGUGUCAGCAUUGCCAGCAGCGGGGUCUUCUCCCCGUCCCUCCUCUCGUGGCCCGCCCCGCCGUCCGCCGCUCCGAGUACCACGACAUCGCCGCCGCCCAGCGCCCACGGGAAUCUGGCGGAUCUCGCGGCCAAGUAUAAGCCGCUGACGCCGACGAAGCCGACGGAUCCCCUGAACCGAUCGUCUAUUCGCGCAGUCUCUCCUGCACCGGCCAGUCCGUCAACUUGGCAGAAACCGGCAGACUGGGACUGAGCUAGCAUAUCCCAGUGCAAGAUCCAGCCUGUGGUUAUUGGUUCCACUUUGUCUUGCUGGCUGGGGAUUGCCAUGGGGCCAG